CAUUCUCUGCCUGCUGGAGAGUGCGCUGUCACCUGGGAUCCCUCUCUGCAACAGGACGGCUUCCAGCAUGGACAGGGGACUGGUAGACUGUCACUGUCAUCUGUCUGCCACAGAAUUCAGCCAUGACAUUGAUAGAGUUUUGGAAGAUGCAAAGAAGAUUGGCCUCUUUGCACUUGUUGCAGUUUCAGAAAACACAUCAGAAUUUGAAAAAUUAAUACAGCUUUCUAAACGACAUGCGGGUUUCGUCUUUCCUUGCCUUGGGGUGCAUCCAGUGCAAGGAACUGCAGAACAGCCACGCAGCGCUACUCUAAAGGAUGUGGAGGAAGCCUUGCCUCUAAUUGAACUCUAUAAAGACGAACUGACAGCCAUUGGUGAAGUCGGAUUGGAUUUCACCCCGCGGAUUGCAUCCACAGAUGAUCAGAAAGAAGAACAGCGAAACGUUUUCAUUCAGCAGAUAGAAUUGGCAAAGCGGCUCAAUUUACCACUAAAUGUUCACUCGCGCUCUGCUGGAAGACCUACUAUUAAUCUUUUAAAAGAGCAAGGAGCGGAGAAGGUGCUGCUGCAUGCGUUUGAUGGGAAACCCUCGGUGGCCAUGGAAGGUGUUAAAGCUGGAUACUACUUCUCCAUUCCUCCCUCCAUCAUUAGAAGUGAACAGAAGCAGAAACUGGUGAAACAGCUGCCUCUAGAGAACAUAUGUUUAGAAACAGACUCUCCAGCUCUUGGUCCAGAAAAACAGGUCCGCAAUGAACCAAAAAAUAUCCUGUUUUCUGCAGAGUACAUUGCCAAAAUCAAGGGGAUUUCAGUGGAAGAAGUUAUUGAGAUUACAACAAAAAAUGCCAUCAAAUUGUUCCCCAGGAUACUGAAUGUUCUUCACAAAUAAAGGACUUAUUUUUU